UUCGGAGACUCGCUUCCCAAUCAGUUACUUUGAAGACUUUGUAGAGAAAGGAUCAAGCGAUGGAUCCGGUUACGGUGAUUGUAACGUUGUUGGUGUGCCUGUCGGGUCUGGUGUUCUACUUCCUUCGGCGAGAGCAGCAGCAAUGGUCUCGAUUGGGCGUUCCGUUCGCCAAGAACCCGCACAUGAUCUUCGGUAACGUUCGGGGGAUAUUCCAGAAGGAGCAUAGCUGCGAGGUGCUGCAGCGGUUGUACUGGGAGUUCAAGGGGCGUGGGCUGAAGAUCGGAGGAAUCAUGAACUUCUUCCAGCCGGCGGUUUUGGUGAUCGACCCGGAGAUCAGCAAGAGCGUUCUGGUGAAGGACUUCCACAAGUUUCACGAUCGGGGCGUGUUCGUAGAUCCGAUGGGGGACCCGUUGAGCGCCAAUCUGUUCAGCUUGGAGGGAGCCCAGUGGAAGGCCAUGCGUACGAAGAUGUCCCCGACGUUUACCUCGGGGAAGAUGAAGUACAUGUUUGACACGAUGUUGAACGUUGCGGAUAGAUUGAAGGAGUAUUUGGCGGAGAACUGCCGGAAGGAGGACAUCGAGUUGAAGAACAUCCUGCAGCGAUUCACGAUGGAUGUGAUUGGGAAUGUGGCGUUCGGGGUGGAGUGCAAUUCGAUCAAGAAUCCCAGCUCGGAGUUUAGGUUGAUGGGAUUGAAAGCGAACCGGUUCGACGCGGUAAGGUUUUUGAAGUUCUUCAUCGGAGGCAGCUACAAGAGCUUCGCGAAGAAGAUCAAUUUGAAGGUCGUGGAGGAGGACGUUAACAGGUUCUUCAUAAGCUUGGUGCACAGUACGGUGGGCUACAGGGAAGGGAACAACGUGAAACGCAAUGACUUUUUGAACCUGUUGAUGGAGAUCAAGAACAAAGGAAAGUUCAGCGAUGAGCCCAAUUCGGGCGGCGAAGGAAUUACGAUGAAUGAGAUUGCGGCGCAGUGUUUCAUCUUCUUCGCGGCGGGUUUCGAGACUUCUUCGACGACGAUGAAUUUCUGCUUGUACGAGUUGGCCGCCAAUCCGGACAUACAGGACCGACUUCGGAACGAGAUUGAGGACUCCAUUGCGAAGGACGGUGGAGAGCUGAAGUACGACACGCUCCUGGGUAUGAACUACCUGGAUCGAGUUGUCAGUGAAACCCUUCGGAAGUACUCUCCGGUGGACAACCUCUUCCGGAUGGCCAACUCGCCGUACACCCCGGAAGGCUGCUCGUUCACCAUUCCGGCCGGAACUCUCUUCCAGAUUCCCAUCCACUCGAUGCACCACGAUCCGGAAUACUUCCCGAAUCCGUCCCGCUUCGACCCGGAUCGCUUCCUCCCCGAAGCCGUCAGAUCUCGCCAUCCGUACGUGUAUCUACCCUUUGGUGAAGGACCUCGGGUGUGCAUCGGUAUGCGAUUCGGCCUGAUGCAGACCAAGAUCGGCCUGGUAACGUUGCUGAGGAACUUCCGGUUUGCGCCUCGAUCCGAGACUCCGGACCGAUUGCAGUUCGAAGCAAAGAGUUUUGUGCUGUCGCCGAAGACCGGGAUGUACUUGAAGAUUGAACCGAUUGGAGAGUGAGAGGUUUGAAUGAAAAGUUUUCUGUUGGUCAAAUGUUGGGAAGCGCUAUAUAGAAUGUAUCAAACUGCUCCACAUGCAACCGAUACGAAAUCUCGGGGCACAGCUCUUGUUGUCGGUUGAUUGAAGGGAUUCGAUAAACAGACAACUUGAUAAGGUUGAGCAGAGACAGAUGGUGGCGACAGCAAUCUUCGCGGGAGUGGCAAUCAAAACUUCUGCAAGUCAUUGAUAAUUAUUAUUUACAUCAUUAUCGGUAAUUGAUACGUACCAGCCCUAUGUAUGGCGUUUUAAAGGAAAAGUGCUUAAUAAAUAUGAUUCAUCUAUUACUAAUAGUGUCUGAAAAAGUAACACAAUGAAACUUAAAGCAAAUACAAUACUAAUUCAAGUGACAGUUAA